AUGUCACUCAGCAUGCAAGGUUCAGGAAGAGAGUGCUGGGAAAACUCUCCACAUAUGGAUCUAUGCGAUCCUUAUUCUCGCGAACGUCUCGCUCGAGGAUCUGUCGAGCGAGAGACUGAACGCACCUCGGAUAGGCGCGCACCCCAUUCCGAGGGAAUAAGCUACCCGGACAGUCACGCCGAGGCGCAAUCCAUCUUAAGUGAUGGAGAAUUCGGCCGUGUGGAUCCCACGGGCUGGUACCCGCACUACAAGCAAUGCAUGCAGUAUUUCCUCGACUGCAGCCAACAUGCGCCAUCGGUACAAGCCGUGGCCGCCUUUAUCAAUAUCCGUCUUCCAUCUCAGCGGUCCCCAGCAGAGGCUGGUCUGCAAUCUCCACAGCAAUCAGCACCCUAUGUCUCUCUUCGGCCCUAUGUUCGCCGCUUGAUUAUUACGGCGCAGGACUCGCCGGCUACCAUGCGCGCUUUCUUUGGCGAUGACUGGGAGGCUGGCGUCGGAUGUAUCUACAAGCAAGAGCGCAUCAAUUACCUCUUCACGGCUAAGAGUAGUGGGUGGGCCGAUACGAAGACGGCGUAUGAUAUGCUGCCUGAUGAGCAGGCGCCUUUCUUGCGUCCUUUGCGGGACCCUUCUGAGGAGGAAAUUCGGGCAGCAGAGGCCCGAUGGAGUGAAUGGCUUGCUAUGGAGGAUUGGAUGGUGGGGGCCCGGAGCCCCUGGUGA